AUCACAUGUAUGUCCAAGGAACAACUGACUCAACCUGGUGUAAGUAUUUUCCGGGCACACUCAAAGGAGUAGCCUCUAAGUGGUUCGAGAGACUUCCAGCCGGAACUAUUCGCUCUUUUUCGGAGCUCGAGCUAUUGUUCUCUACUCGGUUCAUGGCUCACAAGGAAGAGAAGAAGACGAGCAUGCAUCUGAGUAGGAUUCAGCAAGGGAAGGACGAGUCCCUGAGGAGUUAUGUGAAGAGAUUCAAUCUAGAGGCAGGGCAAAUUCCGGAUUUGCCAGAUGGUGUUGCAUUCGAUAACUUCAUUCGAGGGCUUAAAAAGGGCUCUUUCAAGUUUGAUCUGGUAAAGAAAAGCGUCCGAACAAUGGCAGAAGUGUUGGAUGAGGCGGAGGCCUUCAUUCAUGCAACAGAGAUUUGCAGCGUCCCGAAAGACCCCAGAGGAAGUGAUACCGCCGAGCUAGCGGCAAAAAAGGAGAAAUUUGAAAAGAAGAACCGGCCUAACGGGACGUGGGCUAUUGCAAAAGAAUCAGACAGGGCCCCCAGAGCGGCAGGUCAGAAACGGCCCAGAACUUAUGAUCGGGAGCGAUUCGAGUAUAACACAGACAUGUACACAAUCCUGAUGGACGUCGGGUCCAAAUAUGACAUUGAUCGUCCAUUUCCCAUGAAGUCACCACCAGAAAGUAGGGACCCCAAACUGUACUGUCACUUUCACAGUGACAUUGGGCAUGACACCAAUGAAUGUAAGAGCUUGAAAAGGGCAUUGGACGGCCUAGCCACCAAGGGGUUCUUAAAAAGUUAUAUCAGCAGGAACACGGGAGGUUCUGGCAAACCCUUCUACAAGAAAAACAAAUCCCCUCCCUCGGAGGAAGAUGGGAAUCGUACCGACCCAGAGUGCGUGGCAGUCAUCUCAUGAGGAUUGGCCGCCGGCGGGCCGACCAUGAGGGGCCAGAAGGAUUAUGCCAAGCGAUUGGGGCAAGUGAUGCUGUCCGGCAAGGCCACAGUUGACCCGUUUCCAAAAGUUGAAAUCGGCGAGGCCGACCGUGGGAAAAUCUCCACCCCGCAUGACGAUCCUUUGGUAAUUGAGUUAAAAGUUGCUAACCUAAGGGUUAGGCGUAUUUUGGUUGAUACAGGAAGUUCGUCGGACAUAAUUAGUCUAGAGUGCUUGAAUCGGCUGCAACAUGAUCCCUCGAAAAUUGAGAAAAUCCACUAUCCCAUUAUAGGCUUCGGAGGUAGUGUCAUCCACCCAGUCGGCAUAAUUACCCUUCCUCUGAGGAUGGGAAAUAAAAAGGAAUCUCGGCAAAUGGAUGUCCGUUUUCUCAUAGUGAAAGAUCUGGCGGCAUAUAACAUCAUCUUGGGGCGUCCCACGUUGAACAGGGCAAAGGCUGUCAUUGUGACUCAUCUGAUGCUUCUUAAGUUCAUUUGUGACGAUGGGAGCGUCAGCACUAUACAUGGUGACCAGCAACAAGCUAGAGAUUGCUACCUAACCACCUUGAGUCCAGAAGCAUGGGGGACGGGUGAAGAGAAAGGGACGUCGAGCAACAAACGAAAAUGUGGCGACACGCAACCCAAGGUCGUCAAAGAAACAUUAACUAUCUCAGCAUGGAGGCUGAUGGAGGCUGGGUUCGUCAUGCUUCACGGUGGACGAAAUGCCGGGUAUUGACCCUGCUGUGGCCGUCCAUAAGCUGAAUGUGGACCCAAACUUUAAACCGGUUCGUCAGAAGAAAAGGAACCAUGGGGAAGAUAGAAAUCAGGCGGCAGCCGCGGAAAUACAGAAGUUGAUGGAGGCUGGGUUCGUCAGGCCUAGUCAGUACCCCGACUGGGUUGCUAACGUGGUACUCGUCAAAAAACCUAAUGGUACCUGGAGAAUGUGUGUUGAUUACACCAACCUCAAUAAGGCAUGUCCAAAGUACAGUUUCCCAUUGCCCAAGAUUGACCGGCACUAGUGGAAAAAACCCCUGUUGUAGCCCCCUUGUUGAGGGGGGCAUAUAUAAGCGAGCCACAAUAACCACUUAGUUAACGCGGGUCAAAUGUUUAACUAACAGGUUGGGGCGGGCUUUUGUGGUAUUCGCUUCUAUAGAGCCAGUUGAAGGGGGCUUUUAUUUGCCCGCCUCAAUAGACACCCGUCUAAAGGGGCGGGCUUCCCUUUGUUCGCUUCAACAGGUCUUCACAAAAUUUUAAACACUUAAAACACGUACAACGCUAUGACCGCCAAACAGAUAAGAUUUUAGAAUCCUUUCAAAUCUCUAUUCCAACGCAUCACCGGCGAGUUCGCACCGCUCCUCACCGCGCGGCUCCACAGCCACCACCACCUUCCUCGCCUCCUCUUCCAUAGUACGUAGUUGCCCCCGACCGUCGUCUUUCCUAUCUCCGACUUUGUUUCACGCAAUCUGUCAAGGCACUUGAUAAAUCGCAGCUUGGAGCCCUUCUUCGUCAAAGAGGCGAAAAGCUUGAUUCACCAGUGCUUGAAAAUGGGGAAAAUUGGAGUGUGGGACAACGAAAACUUGUUUCAUUGGGCCGUGCUUUGCUUAAGCAGGCAAGAAUACUUGUUCUUGAUGAAGCCACUGCUUCUGUUGAUACAGCGACAGAUAAUCUUAUCCAGACUCUAAUAAGGGCAGAGUUCAGGGACUGCACAGUUGUGAUGAUAGCACACAGAAUACCAACAGUUAUGGAUAGUGAUUUUGUGUUGGUCCUCAGUGACGUGUGCUCAACAAGUCGGCGCCCGCGAGUGUGGCUAUUACAUUAUGAAGUUCAUGCAUGAAAUAGUCACGUUACACCAUAACUCUGAUGAGCGGUUAGAUAAUGCUUACACUCCAAGAAAUGCGCCUUAUACCGAUGAGGAAAUAGAUGUGGUUCGUGAGCAAUGGGCUAAGUUUUUUACAACCGAGUAUUUAUUUACUUAGGUUGUUUAGACACAAAGAUGGAAGCGUUUAUAUCUUCAUGGAUUUGCUUGUUUUGAGUACUGGAAGCGGUGUUAAUGGUUUCACUCUAGAUCCAUCUCCUUGGAGAGUAUAUUUUAACUCAUCCAGACAUCAAGGGAUCGAGUCGAUUGGAAGAAAUUCAACACUGCCUUAAUUAAGGUUUAUAAUGCAUGAUCUAAAGGGAGCUAAGUGGCCGGAUUAGAGAAAUUUGUUAGACUAGCUCUCUAGCCUUUUGUCUUUAUUUGUUAAUAUUAGUUGUAAUUUGUUAGACUAGCUAGGUGUUUAAAAUUGCAAACGUACGUACUAUACGCUUGGGUUACUAUAAAUGAAGUUAAUGUAAUGAUUUAUUUAUUAAAAAUAAGCAGAUUCAUACCUUUGCUA